AAAUUGAAAAAAGUAGAGCAAAAGAGGAAAACUUUGAGCGCUAAACUCUAUCCUCAUAUCAACCAAAGAAAUCAAAAAUGGGGUUUGCAAUGGGGAGCACUUGCUUCCUACACUCUCCCUUCCCUCACUCUCGAUUUCCCUUUUCUUCUUCUUCUCAUUCCAAAACCAGAAAUGCAGAGACCAACGCAAGAAGAAACAGAACAAGAGUGCCAAUGUCGUCUCUGCGCCAAGAGGACCUCAACGACGGCGAUCAUGGCAAGAGGAGGGCUAUUCUCUUUGUGGGUAUCUCAGUUCUUCCACUAUUGCAUCUCAGGGCUCAUGCUUUUGAAGCCUUUCCCGCUAAAGAAAUUGAGCCAAAGACUCCAGACAAGAACAUAAAGGCAGAGGGACUGCAAGGAGAUGCAGCACCAAAUCCCAUUUUGUCUAUCCUGAAUGGUAUUGGUAUUUUCAGCUCUGGUGUCAUCGGUGCGUUUUAUGGAUUGGCUCAGAAAGAAAAGAAAGCUACUGAUGCAAUAGUAGAAUCUAUGAAGAACCAGCUGAAAGAAAAGGAAGCUGCUAUUGCUUCAUUGGAGAAGAACUUUGAAUCCAAGCUACUGGAUGAACAGGAAGAAAGGAGCAAGCAACUUGGAAAGGCAAAGGAAGAGCAGAGGUCUCUAACAGACCAACUAAAUUCAGCAAAGAGUACUAUUGUGGACCUAGGGAAGGAGCUAAAUAGUGAGAAGAAGUUGAUUGAGGAGCUUAAAAUUCAAAGUGAAAGCCUUAAAACAAACCUUUCAAAGGCUAUCGAAGAUAAGGUAGAGCUUGAAGAAAGUUUGAAGGCAAAGCUCCACUCGAUCGAAGAUUUGCAGGGAAGGAUUAAUUUACUCAAUUCAGAACUGAAGGACAGAGAAAGUAAUGUUCGAAGCCUUAGCUCUUCUCUCGCAGAAAAGGAUUUGGAGUUGAAGGACUUAAAAACUACCUACAAGCAAACUAGGGAUGAACUAGCUCAUGCAGUUUCAGAUAUUCAACAAUUAAAAGUUGAACUCCUGAAGAAUCAAAAGGAAUUGGAAUUGAAGAGUUCCACUGUGGAUGAAUUGAAUUCAACAGUAAGUUCUUUGUCUUCUGAGAAAGGUGAUUUUAAGAGGAAGCUUGAUGCUAUUCAGGAGGAAUACAAUAAUCUGAAAUCAUCCUCUGGAAAAAAGGCAGCUUUGGAUGCUAAGCUUUUGGGAGAAAAAGAUGAGGCCCUUCAGCUGCUAAAGGAAAAACUUGAGCUUGCAUUGACUGACUCAAGUAGAAGCAAACAGAUAACUGCUGAUUUGACCCGAGAGAAGGAAACCUUGAGGGAAACGUUGGAUAAUGCAUUGAACAGUGAAGAGAGCUUGAAACAUGAACUCCACAUCACUCAGGAAGCUCUUGGAAAAUCUAGAAAUGAAGCUUCGAAUCUGGAACAUCAAUUAAAACAGUCAAAUUUGUGUACAGAACUUGAAGCUGAGAUCUCUCGGGUUCAGGCUGAGUUUACUGGAGUUAGGGAAUCACUGCAGAGGAGCCUAGAUGAGGCUACAUCAAGUGGUGACGUGAUUGCUACUGAGCUUGCUGCAGUGAAAGAACUUCUAAAGAAGACAGAAGAGGAGCUGCAAAGUGUGUCUCAUCAACUAGCAGCUGUUGCAGAAAAUCAUGAUAGCCUGCAGAAUGAAUUGGUUGAUGUAUAUAAAACAGCUGCCAAAGCUUCUAAUGAUUUAAAAGAAGAGAAGGAGCGAGUUUCUUCUCUUAAAAAAGAACUUCAAACUCUGGAGAAGCAAAUCUCAGAGAACAAGAAGUCCCAGAAGUCUCUUGAGACAGACCUGGAAGAGGCUACAAAGUCACUUGAUGAGAUGAACCGAAAUGCAUUAAUACUUUCCAAAGAGUUAGAGAAGGCUAAUUCUCUAAUUUCUAACCUUGAAGAUGAGAAAGAGGUGUUUUACAAGUCCCUAAAAGAGCAAAAGACUGCAUCCAAAGAGGCACGUGAAAAUAUGGAAGAUGCCCAUAAUCUUGUCAUGAAACUUGGCAAGGAAAGGGAGAGUCUGGAGAAGAGAGCAAAGAAAAUGGAAGAGGAGUUGGCAUCUGCCAAGGGUGAAAUAUUGCGGCUGAGGAGUAAAAUAAAAUCGUCUAAAGAUCUUGUAAAUAAUGAGAAACCACAGAAAGUUGAGGCUGAAGGUGCUGUCACUGUUACUGCAAAGAGAGGUAGGAGGAGAAAGGCUGCUGAAUCAGAGUGAACUACUUUUAUAGUGGUAAAUUAUUUUUCCCCGUUACUUUGGUUAUUCUUUUAUCUUACUUUGAAGCCAUUUGUUUUCUGGCUUUCUCCUUCUCCUAACUUGAAAUUCUUUCCCAAUACCAUUAAUUAUAGGAAUGUGAGGCUGUGAGAGGAAAAAUAUGAUUUCUAUGUAACAACUGUUGCAUAUUAAAUCGUGAUUCUCUUGUACUUCUGCAGUGUAUAGUAGGAAUCGUAUCAGUUGUAGACAUUAGUGGAUUCCAGUUGCAAACUUUCAGCUGUCACUUUCUCAUUUCAAAGAGCCUAGC